GAAACCGACAAAAAUCACAUCCUGACACCCAAAAAAAAAAAAAAAAGAAGCUGUUCUUCUUGUCAAUCUUCAUCCUCCUCUGCCGGGUGAGUGAGUCAAUCUCGUCUCACCUCCUCCACCUCCUCUUUGACUCAGUCCCCCCCCAGCUCGCAAACCCUAGAAUUCAAUCCAUUUCGCAGCUCCGGGAGGGGGAUUUUGACAGCCCUUGAUUCGUCUGAUCGGCGGAGGUUUCGCGUUUUGUGGAGUUAGGGGUUUUGCGAGUUUCUCCUGGGGGAGGGGGGAGGAAAUCGAAUUUGAGGGUUCCGGGGAAGGAGAAAGGGAAGCGGAGGAGCAGCAGGGGGCGCGAAAAAUGAUGAUAUCGAGGGGGCUGUUCGGUUGGUCCCCGCCCCACAUACAGCCCCUGACGCCGGUCUCAGAGGUGUCGGAGCCGCCUGAGUCCCCGUCCCCAUACCUUGACAUGAGCGCCGAGGGGGGAGCUUCGGGGGCUCCGGGUGCGGCGCAGGUGGAGGCCGAGGAGGAAAUGGAGGAGGCCGAGGAGAUCGAGCCCCCGCCAGCCGCCGUGCCCUUCUCCCGCCUCUUCGCCUGUGCGGACCGCCUCGACUGGGCGCUCAUGGCUGUUGGAUCACUCGCCGCGGCAGCACAUGGGACUGCCCUCGUCGUUUACUUGCAUUAUUUCGCCAAAAUCGUGCAGGUGCUAAGCCUGGGUCCUUCAGCCCCGAAUGCCGAGGUGUUUGACAGGUUUAAGGAGCUUGCUCUGUCUCUGCUUUACAUUGCUGUUGGUGUUUUUGCUGCUGGUUGGAUUGAGGUUUCGUGCUGGAUUUUGACUGGGGAGCGGCAGACAGCUGUCAUUAGGUCAAGAUAUGUACAAGUACUUCUCAAUCAGGAUAUGAGUUUUUUUGACACCUAUGGGAACAACGGGGACAUUGUGAGCCAAGUAUUGAGCGAUGUGCUGCUCAUUCAAUCUGCUCUCAGUGAAAAAGUUGGAAAUUAUAUUCACAAUAUGGCCACCUUUUUCAGUGGGCUGAUCAUUGGAUUUGUAAACUGCUGGCAAAUUACCCUCAUAACACUAGCAACUGGCCCUUUUAUAGUUGCUGCUGGAGGUAUUUCAAAUGUAUUUCUUCACAGGCUUGCUGAGAAUAUACAAGAUGCUUAUGCUGAAGCAGCUAGCAUUGCCGAACAGGCAAUUUCUUAUAUUGGAACCUUGUAUGCAUUCACAAAUGAAACACUAGCCAAAUAUUCUUAUGCUACGUCCCUGCAAGCAACUCUGAGAUAUGGUAUCCUGAUAAGUCUUGUGCAAGGGCUUGGGCUUGGAUUUACAUAUGGACUUGCGAUUUGUUCUUGUGCCUUGCAACUAUGGGUCGGAAGAAUCCUGGUAACCCAUGGAAAAGCCCAUGGCGGUGAAAUCGUAGCUGCUUUGUUUGCUAUAAUUUUGAGUGGCCUAGGACUGAAUCAGGCUGCGACGAACUUCUACUCAUUUGACCAAGGGCGAAUCGCUGCCUAUAGACUUUUUGAGAUGAUAAGUAGAUCAUCUUCCAGAGACAAUAAUGAUGGAAAUGCACCGGCAUCAAUUCAAGGAAACAUCGAGUUUCGUAAUGUAUACUUUAGCUAUCUGUCUCGUCCUGAAAUCCCUAUCUUGAGCGGGUUCUACCUCACUGUGCCUGCUAAGAAAGCUGUGGCGCUUGUUGGCAGAAAUGGAUCUGGAAAAAGCAGUAUUAUUCCACUGAUGGAGAGGUUCUAUGAUCCUACAUUAGGGGAAGUUCUUCUUGACGGAGAGAAUGUAAAAAAUCUAAAACUGGAAUGGUUAAGAAGCCAAAUAGGACUAGUAACCCAGGAGCCUGCCUUACUGAGUCUCAGCAUAAGAGAUAAUAUUGCAUAUGGUCGAAAUGCUACUGCAGAUCAAAUUGAGGAAGCUGCCAAAAUUGCUCGUGCACAUACAUUUAUUAGUUCCCUUGAAAAAGGAUAUGACACACAGGUGGGUAGGGCUGGUUUAGCUCUGACUGAAGAGCAGAAGAUCAAGCUUUCUAUUGCCAGGGCAGUGCUUCUGAAUCCAUCAGUUCUUCUGCUCGACGAGGUCACCGGUGGACUUGAUUUCGAAGCUGAAAAAGCUGUUCAGGAGGCCCUUGAUCUACUUAUGUUGGGACGUUCGACCAUCAUAAUAGCUCGACGACUGAGCCUUAUUAGGAAUGCUGAUUAUAUAGCUGUGAUGGAGGAAGGUCAGCUUGUUGAAAUGGGCACACAUGAUGAACUUUUGAGCUUAGAUGGGCUUUAUGCAGAGCUUCUAAAAUGUGAAGAAGCAACAAAACUUCCUAGAAGGAUGCCCGUGAAAGAUUACAGAGAGAGAGCAGCUUUCCAGAUCGAAAUGGAUUCUUCAACCAGUAACAGUUUCCAGGAACCCACAUCUCCUAAAAUGGCCAAAUCACCUUCUCUUCAGAGAGUUCCUGCUGUGCAUGGACUUCGGCCCCAAGAUAUAGUGUACAACUUGCAAGAAUCACCAAACUCCAGGAGUCCACCGUCAGAGCUACUGCAGGAAAAUGGAAUUCCAUUGGAUUCAGCUGAUAAGGAGCCACCAAUUAAAAGGCAAGACAGCUUUGAAAUGAGACUGCCUGACUUGCCAAAGCUCGAUGUCCUGUCCGCACAGAAGCUAGUGCAAAAUGGUUCAGACCCUGAGUCCCCGGUUUCACCCCUUUUGACUUCUGACCCUAAGAAUGAGAGGUCCCACUCUCAGACUUUUAGUAGGCCCCACAGUCAUUCUGAUGACUCUGUGAUAAAAGAAAAGGAUGCAAAGGACUCGCCGAAACACGAAGCACCUUCCAUUUGGAGAUUAGUCGAGCUAAGUUUUCCUGAAUGGCUUUAUGCUGUUUUGGGCAGCACUGGUGCUGCAAUAUUUGGUUCCUUCAAUCCUCUUCUUGCAUAUGUUGUUGCAUUGAUCGUAACAGCUUACUAUAGACGAGGUGAGGGCACACAUGUAAGGCAGGAAAUUGACAAAUGGUGCUUGAUCAUAACCUGCAUGGGUAUAGUUACCGUGAUCGCCAACUUCCUGCAGCAUUUUUACUUUGGCAUCAUGGGUGAGAAGAUGACAGAGCGAGUCCGAAGAAUGAUGUUCUCAGCAAUGUUGCGUAAUGAGGUUGGUUGGUUUGAUGAAGAGGAAAACAGCGCAGACACUUUAUCUAUGCGCCUUGCAAAUGAUGCCACAUUUGUGAGAGCUGCUUUUAGUAAUAGGCUUUCAAUAUUAAUACAGGACAGCACUGCUGUCAUCGUGGCAGUCAUCAUUGGGUUCCUUCUGCAAUGGCGAUUGGCACUUGUUGCUUUGGCAACCCUACCAGUUCUCGCUGUUUCGGCCAUCGCGCAGAAAUUGUGGUUGGCUGGUUUUUCUCGUGGCAUUCAACAGAUGCACAGGAAGGCCUCUCUGGUCCUCGAAGACGCGGUGCGGAACAUCUACACAGUUGUUGCCUUCUGCGCUGGGAACAAGGUAAUGGAGCUCUAUCAAUUCCAGCUCAAUAAGAUAUUCAAGCAGAGCUUCCUCCAGGGGAUGGCCAUUGGCUUUGGUUUUGGCUUCUCCCAGUUCCUUCUCUUUGCCUGCAACGCCCUUCUCCUCUGGUACGCCGGUCUCUUGGUCAAAAAAGGCUAUAUGGCACCCCCAACUGCUCUCAAAGAAUACAUGGUCUUCUCCUUCGCUACAUUUGCAUUAGUGGAGCCCUUUGGAUUGGCUCCGUAUAUACUCAAACGACGGAAAUCACUCGCUUCGGUGUUUGAGAUAAUUGAUCGAGUCCCCCAGAUCGAGCCAGAUGAUACAAACGCAAUGAAGCCUCCUAAUGUUUAUGGGAGCAUUGAGCUGAAAAAUGUCGAUUUCUGUUACCCAACCCGUCCUGAAGUACUGGUUCUGAGCAACUUCAGCCUCAAAGUUAAUGGUGGUCAAACUGUGGCUGUGGUUGGUGUAUCGGGAUCGGGGAAGAGCACGAUUAUAUCCCUUAUGGAGCGGUUCUAUGACCCUGUCGCGGGUCAGGUACUGUUGGACAGCCGAGAUUUAAAGCUCUACAACCUGCGAUGGCUGAGGAGCCACAUGGGCCUGGUCCAGCAGGAGCCCAUCAUCUUCUCCACGACAAUACGAGAGAACAUCAUCUACGCAAGGCACAAUGCAAGUGAGGCUGAGAUGAAGGAGGCUGCCCGAAUUGCCAAUGCCCACCACUUCAUCAGUAGCCUGCCCUAUGGGUAUGACACUCAUGUUGGUAUGAGGGGUGUUGAUCUCACGCCGGGACAGAAGCAGAGGAUUGCAAUCGCUCGCGUCAUACUGAAGAAUGCUCCAAUCCUGCUCCUUGAUGAAGCGAGCUCGUCCAUUGAGUCUGAAUCGAGUCGGGUGGUCCAAGAAGCCCUGGACACGCUUAUCAUGGGGAACAAAACGACGAUCUUAAUAGCCCAUAGAGCUGCCAUGAUGAGGUACGUUGAUAAUAUUGUGGUCCUCAAUGGGGGGCGGAUCGUUGAGGAAGGGACCCAUGAUUCCCUGAUGGCCAAGAAGGGUUUGUACGUCCGGUUAAUGCAGCCUCACUUCGGGAAGGGCUUGAGGCAGCAUCGUCUUGUCUAGGAUAUUAUAUUUAGAUCAGUCAGGUUUUUGCCUGAUUCACUUGUAAAUUUUCCUCCAAUAGUCCUCCCGGAAUUGAAAUCCGAAAUCUGCCAGAACUUCCCCCUGCACAGACUUGACCGGGAAGUUGGCACUUCUUCGAGGCUUUGUUGAGCAGCAGGACGAGAACGAACGAGAAGGAGUGGAUUGCACCAUGGGGCAAGAGGAGGGCAGCAUUUGGAGUCACGUUGUUCAUAGGAAGAACAUAGGGAUAGGAAUUUUAUUUUUUGUUUUUUGUUUUGUUUGGUUAGUGAGAAACAAUGGGUUUGAGGAUUUAGAUGUUUCAUAUAGGACGAUAUUCUUUUGGAGGUUGGCAAUUUUCUUCUUGCUUUUGUUCUCCAGAAAAUGUUGAUUCAAAUUAUAAAAAUCAAGUUGGAAUGUGUCGA